CCAAUCCCACAAGCCGAAACCCCACCGCCAAUUGGCAAAGAUCGAAGGAUCUCGAGUAAUAAUAGAACAGAGAAGUGCUGAGCAAUAACUAUGGCCUCUCUUGCUGCGUACGUGCUUGAUUUUGCGUACACGUUCACGUCGUGCGUGGCGUGUUUCCCGUCGCCGUCUUUGUAUAUCAACAAUCGCAGCUACAAGAUUCAACGGCUGCUAGGCGAGGGCGGUUUUUCGUACGUCUACCUGGUGCAGGCGCAAAAUGGCGAACUGUUUGCUCUCAAAAAGAUCCGCUGCCCGUUUGGCGCCGAGAGCUUGCAGGUUGCUAUGAAGGAGAUUGACAACUAUAAGAUUUUCCACGAUGAGCAUAUUAUAAGCAUGAUUGACUCGAACGUGGUGCAGGAACGGGACGGGUCGAAGACUGUGUACAUCCUGCUCCCGUAUUUCCGGCGCGGAAACCUACAAGACACGAUAAACGCGAACCUGAUCAACGGCUCAUACUACGACGAGAAAGAAGCGCUACUAUUGUUCCUGGACAUCGCGCGCGGCGUCCGCGUCAUGCAUAAGCAUACCCUCGGAGGAGCAAACGGCAGCAGCACGGGCAACAGCAGUCGCAACUCUGGCGUCGGCAUGGAUAUAGAAGCCGAACGCCCGCUGAUGGCGUCCGAGCCCGCGGAUUUCCAAAACGCACCGCAGAGCCUGGCUGCGCCGGGAUCGGCAGCCGACACAAGGAUAGUCGCGUACGCGCACAGAGAUAUCAAGCCUGCCAAUAUCAUGCUCUCGCAGACCGGUGUGCCGGUCUUAAUGGAUCUCGGCAGUUGUAUGCGUGCGCGGAUCGAUGUGUCCUCGCGUGGACAGGCACUCGAGAUACAAGAUAACGCGGCCGAGCACUGCACGAUGCCGUACCGCGCACCGGAGCUAUUCGACGUCAAAACCAACACGAUCCUCGACGAAGGUGUCGAUAUCUGGUCUCUCGGUUGCACGUACUUUGCAAUGCUGUAUUGCUCGUCGCCGUUCGAACUGCAGACGGCAGAGACAGGCGCGAGUCUGAGUCUGGCGAUUAUCAACGGCACGUUUAGGUUCCCGGACGCGCCAAAGUAUUCCGAACCUACGAAGGAGAUCAUUCGCGCUUGUUUGACGGUCGAACCGAGUCAACGUCCUGAUAUCGAUAAGGUCAUUAGUCUGAUAGAGAGCUCUCUUGCGCAGUUCAAUUAAUUAUAAUAGAUGUGGAUUAUGUUCUUAUUAUGUAAAAUUCAAUAGAAAAUAAAGACG